AGAUCAUGUGACGACGAGAGCGCUACAUUAACUGAGUGUCUCGCACAUGUCAGCGCUAAAUGAAGGUACUAGCGGCGAUGGGAGCAGUUAGUCGGCGGCAGCGGCACUGAGGGAGCAGCGGGCCCAUCGCUGCACACUGCGGAAACACACCGUCCGUCCGCCAGUCUCGCCGGCAGCCCACCUCUGACCGCUCGCAUCAAUUCAACCAACAUCUCCGGUGUGAGCGGGUGAACCACAGCCAACAUUUCACCCAGAGAGAGAAAGAGAGAGAAAGAGAGAGGGAGAGAGAGAAAGAGAGAUUGAGAGAGACCUCGAAGAGCAGCAGAUUCCAGAGUCGACUCUCUGCCAAGUUGGGCUAACUUUGAGGUGGGGGCUAGUUUCUGAACUUUGAGCGGGUGAGAUCAUUCCUCAAGACUUGAAUUGUGGUUUCGUGUUUGUUUUUUUUCCUUCUGUUUUUUUGUUGCUGUUUUCGUUGAUGAUGCCUCGCCCGGGCAGAAACACGUAUAGCGACCAGAAGCCACCUUACUCCUACAUCUCGUUGACCGCCAUGGCUAUCCAAAGCUCCCCGGAAAAGAUGCUGCCUCUCAGCGAGAUCUACAAGUUUAUCAUGGACCGCUUCCCUUACUACCGUGAGAACACACAGAGGUGGCAGAACUCGCUCAGACACAACCUAUCCUUCAAUGACUGCUUCAUCAAAAUUCCUCGGAGACCCGACCAGCCGGGCAAGGGCAGUUUUUGGGCUCUGCACCCCAACUGCGGAGAUAUGUUUGAGAACGGCAGCUUCCUGAGACGCCGCAAACGUUUCAAGGUGUUGAAGGCAGACCAUUUGGCGGUGAACAAGCAGUCGGACGCCACGCACUAUCUGCAACAACAAGCCAAGCUGCGGCUAAGCGCUCUGGCCGUAUCGGGGACACACCUGCCUCAGAUACCCACCUACAACAUGGGAGUCUCGCAAAGCUCAAGUUUCAAGCACCCCUUCGCCAUCGAGAACAUCAUCGCCAGAGAGUACAAAAACGUGAUGUCCAGCGGGCUGGCUUUCUCGGCCGUUCAGCCCAUGCACACCGGCUAUCCCAUGCACUCAGUGGGGACGGCGUGGCCUCACAUGUACAGUACCACGGUGAUGGACACGGCGCCGCCGCUCUCGGUGCCCACCAGCGAUUACAGCGCCUACGGGGUCCCGCUCAAACCGCUGUGCCACGGCGGGCAGACUCUACCGGCUAUCCCCGUGCCCAUCAAACCGUCUCCGGCCAGCGUGCCCGCCCUGGCGGCUUUACCCGCGCCCAUCUCGGCCAUCCUGUCCAACAAUGUUACUCGGUUGAGUCCAACCUCCCCGCUGAUCGGCAGCGGGCAACGAAGUCCCAGCCUCAGCCCCAGCCCCGGCGACACGUUGAGCAGCGCCGGCGCCGCCUUGCAGUCGGUAACCGUGCACUGACAUUGGGGGAAGAAGAGACGAAAAACAGGGCCCGGCUCUCUCCAAAGUUUACCGGAGGUUUGCGAAACGCAGGGAGAGAGCGAGAGGGAAAGAGAGUGAGAACGGCCUGGUGUAUAAAUGUAAAUGUAAGCGGCCGGAGUGUAUAACAGGAGCUUGUCAAUACGUGCACUUUCCCCCACAUUUGCUUCACUUUUAGGUCCCCCGUCAAUCGCUAAAACCAUCAUUGCCAAUGUUUUCUAAUCGUGUCGUGAAAGCAUUUGUUAACCACUUGUAAAAAAAAAGUCGACUUUCAGUAAUGUCCGGCGGCAUGAUGGGUGUAAGAUUGUUAGUUGCAGCAUGCAUGUGUUACACGGAAAUAUUGUCUGCUUUUAAAUUAUGAACUAGGUGAUCGAAAAAUAUUUUCUCAUUAA